AUGGAGGUUGACCGAAAAGUCAUUCAGCAUUCAGCAUUCAGCAUUCAGCAUUCAGCCUUCAGCAUUCAGCAUUCAGCAUUCAGCAUUCAGCCUUCAGCAUUCAGCAUUCAGCAUUCAGCAUUCAGCCUUCAGCAUUCAGCAUUCAGCAUUCAGCAUUCAGCCUUCAGCAUUCAGCAUUCAGCAUUCAGCAUUCAGCCUUCAGCAUUCAGCAUUCAGCAUUCAGCAUUCAGCCUUCAGCAUUCAGCAUUCAGCAUUCAGCAUUCAGCCUUCAGCAUUCAGCAUUCAGCAUUCAGCAUUCAGCCUUCAGCAUUCAGCAUUCAGCAUUCAGCAUUCAGCCUUCAGCAUUCAGCAUUCAGCAUUCAGCAUUCAGCAUUCAGCAGGCCUCAACCAAAAUAA